UGGGGGAAGUGCUUGGUAAACCCCACAAGCUUUAAAAACAACUGUGUGUUUAUGUGGGUCACAGGACAGAGCCACAGAGCCGCAGAGGGAGGGACCAUGCGUUCGCUCUCUUCGCUGUGGCUGUGCGCGGCCCUGCCGAGUGUCCUGUGGGCCUCGCAUGUCACUCUGUUAGUGGAAGGGGACAACGAGGCCUCUCGCAUCUGCAAACCCGCCCCCCAAUGGGAGAUUAAUGGACAACGUCCCAUGCAGGAGCUGCUGGGAAACGUGGUGGUGGUGGUGCUCCUGAAGGCCAGCUGACACUUCUGUCUCACUCAGGCCCGCAAAAUUGGAGGCCUGCGUGACAAGCUGAACCGCAGCAACCUGACCGAGGUGUCCUACAUGAUAGUGAACGAGCGAGAGGCUCAAUCCAGGGCAAUGUACUGGGAACUGAAGAGGAGAGCGCCACCUGGUGUCCCUGUGUACCAGCAGGCGCCCCUUCAGGAUGACGUGUGGGAGGCUCUGGAUGGGGACAAAGAUGACUUCCUGGUCUACGAUAGGUGUGGUCUCCUCACCUUCCACAUAGUGCUACCGUACAGUUUCCUGCAUUACCCCUAUGUAGAGGCUGCAGUCAGAGCCACUUAUCAGAAAAACAUCUGCAACUGCUCUGCUAACUCCACUUUACCAAGUGGGAAUAGCAGCAUGAAGAAUGAGACAGAACUGAACAGCAACCAAACAGCUACAAUACCCCCAGAUCCAGAGGGAUCUGGAACAAUACCCCCAGAUCCAGAGGGAUCUGGAACACAGCAACACAUCCAUCAUCAUUAUCACCAUCAUCAUCAUCAUCACCAACACGACCACCAUUACCAUCAUACAAGUCAGGGGAAUCAGUCCCAGCAUGAGGAUACGAGCCAAAAUACAACUCAGAACCUUCAUCAUCACCACCAACAUUAGCAAAUUAGAAAGUUUCACUAACUUGUUUCAUUUUCUUUAUUUUGAUGACUUUGUAUCUUAUUUUCAGUAAGACUCUUUAGAGUCUGCAGGUAGACAGCUGUCCACUGAGUGGGUGAAUCUGUUUUGAGCAGUAAACAGACUGUGGUCUCUCCUCCAACACAUCCACCCCCGUGCUCCUCUGUGGACAAACCAGGCGGUCCUGCUCCAUCUUCUCCACUUUAUGAAGUCUGCGGUGGUAAACCUGCCUGCAGGAGGCUGCAGAUGGAUGUGUGUGGAGAGAUGAGGAGGACCAACAGGACAUGUCGCUCACACAGAGAAGGAGGACAGUGUGAAGUGCAGCAGAGCAGACCUCAGUCUGUUCACUGUUCAAACUGGAUUCACUUCUCCUCCAGGUUCAGCUUGAGCUCCCAUGAAUCCGUUCUUCCUGCUGGAUGAUGCCCUGACAUCAUCUGCUUUGCUGUGUUUGUAACAUGACUUAAGUUCCAUCUUUUACUAAUGAUUGUACAGAUUAAUAUAUAAUCAUUCAAUAGUAUAUAUCACACAAUGAAUGCAGUGCACUCUAACACAUUGAUGUAGUUUUAACAGUAAAUUGUUUGAAAUAA